CAUCGGCCGCCCCGCAUCUUUCGGGCUUUGAUUCUUGCAAGCAAAACCUCCAAAGGCGUCAGGAUCACGGACGAUCGCGCGUGGUCUGCUCAAGAUGGCGACAAUCUACAUUGACGAGGACGUCGGCAAGGACGAGGUCACCCAGACCGGCACCGAAGAGUCGCCCUACAAGACGCUGCAAUUCGCCUAUCUCCAGCGUCCCGCCGAGGGCCAGUAUCUGACCCGCAAGUCGCAGAACACCGAGGAUGUGGCCGCCAAGGAGUGGAAGCCCGUCGCCAAGGCUGCCCUGAAGAAGGCCGUCAACUUCUUCGAGGUUCAGAAGAAGAAGGCGGCUAAGGAGCAGGAGCUGGUCGUCAGGCGCAAGAAGGAGGAGGAGGAGCGGGCCAAGGCUCUCGAGGCGGCCAAGGCGAUUGUCAUCACCGAGGACCCUAGCCUUCCUGCUGCUGUUCGGAUUGGGCUCGACGAGGUCGGCGAUCACAUCAAGCUGCGCAAGGUGGAUGACCCCGAGAGCAAGGGCACCCGCGUGCGCGUCUUUGGUCGCGUGCACCGCGAGCGCAAGCAGAAGGACGUCAUGUUUGUCACCCUGCGAGACGGCUAUGGCUUCAUGCAGGUGGUCAUCUCUGGCCAGCUGGCCAAGACGUACGAUGCCGUGACUCUCACCCGUGAGACGUCGAUGGAAAUCCUGGGAGAGAUGCGCGAAGUCCCCGCCGGUGCCCGAGCUCCCCUCAACCGCGAGCUGCACGCCGACUUCUUCAAGAUCCCCAAGCACUGGAAGGCACCCGGCGGUGAUGAUGCCAUCACCAACCGAGUCCAGGCAGACGCCGAGCAGGCCAUGCUUCUUGAUCAACGACACCUUACCCUUCGUGGUGAGGUCGCCUCGGGCGUCAUGAUUGUCCGCGACGCCGUCGAGUACGCCUUCAACCAGGCCUACAAGGAGCUGAGGUUCCGCAAAGUCAGCCCUCCUGCCCUCGUCCAGACUCAGGUCGAAGGUGGUGCGACGCUGUUCAAGUUUGACUACUAUGGCGAGGAUGCCUACCUCACACAGUCUUCGCAGCUGUACCUGGAGACGUGCUUGCCUUCAAUGGGCCACGUCUACUGCAUCGAGAAGUCAUUCCGAGCCGAAAAGUCCCUGACCCGACGACACUUGUCCGAGUUCACUCACGUCGAGGCUGAGCUUGACUUUAUCACCUUUGACGACCUUCUGUCCCACAUUGAGCACAUCAUGUGCCGUGUGCUCGAGCUGGUCAUGGCUGACCCUGUCAUCGCUGACAAGAUCAAGACCAUGAACCCAGAGUUCAAGCUCCCCGAGCGGCCAUUCAUGCGAAUGAAGUACUCCGAGGCCAUUGACUGGCUCGUCGAGCAUGACAUUCCCAACGAGGAGGGCAAGCCCCAUGCUUUUGGAGACGACAUCGCCGAGGCCGCGGAGCGUCGUAUGACGGACAUUAUCAACAAGCCCAUCUUCUUGACCCACUUCCCGGCUGAGAUCAAGUCCUUCUACAUGUCGAAGGACAAGAGCGACCCCCGCGUUACCGAGAGCGUCGACUGCUUGAUGCCUGGCGUCGGCGAAAUCGUCGGUGGAUCGAUGAGAAUGGACGACUAUGAGGAGUUGAUGGCCGCGUACAAGCGCGAGGGCAUCGAGCCCGAGGCCUACUACUGGUACACUGACCAGCGAAAGUAUGGAAGCUCUCCUCACGGAGGCUACGGCCUGGGCCUGGAGCGAUUCCUGGCCUGGCUUUGCAAGCAGCACACCGUUAGAGAUUGCUGCCUGUAUCCCCGUUACAUGCACCGUUGCAAGCCUUAGAGACUAAAUCGAGACUUAGACAAUGAUGUUUACUAGUAGUUAUGAGGAUAUAUGAAUGAAAGAUGAACCUGGCGUUUGGGCCAAAC